AUGAUAAGAUUACUGAUAAGAAGGUGUGGGGAAAACCCGAGCAAGUUUGACCCUGAAAGAUUUUCACUGGAAAUGGGAAAUCUCCUCGCGAUAGAGAGGUGCGCAAAUACACUUAAAGAUUCGAUCCACAAAAAUGGUGUAGUUGUAACUAGUUCAAAUUAUAAGAAGAUGGGCAAAGGAAAUAAAUCGAAGACAGUAAACACUUUGAGCUUUUCAAGGUCUGUGCUUGAAAACGUGCUAUUUGCGUCACCACAGCAACCCGAGACAAUCACCGUCAAAACAAGCAAUCAAGACAACUACCGGUGGAAAUCUGUUCCCAAAAAAUGUUAUCGAGACUUUGAGCAAAAGAUCGAAGCGGCACCCUUAUGUAUUCUCGUCUGUACCUAUCUAAAUUAUUUUGUUUUGAUUUUAUUUGGACACUUGCGCGAUGUACUUGGAAAGUUCUUCAAACCGGAUCAAUAUGCCCACUUAAAAACGAGCAAGGGCUAUGCACCUUUAGUUUCUGAUUUCGAUUCGUUUUAUACUAGACGUCUUUACAUGCGCAUUCGUGAUUGCUGGAAUAGGCCAAUAACAGGAGUCGCUGGUCGUCAAGUUCAUUUGCUGGAAAGAUUCAGUUCUGACAAUAACAAAACGUUCAAAUUGACAGGCAAAAUUACAGAAAAUUUAAACUUUGCUUCUUACAAUUAUCUCGGAUUUGCUCAAAAUACAGGUCCGUGCGCUGAUGCAGUGGAGCAGACAUUAAGAAACUAUGGUAUGACAUCAUGUAGCUCCCGUGCAGAAGCUGGGUCUGUUGAUCUAUAUGAAACAAUGGAAAAUGUGGUUGCUAAAUUUGUAGGAAAAGAGGCCGCCAUGGUUGUUAGUAUGGGGUUUGCUACAAAUUCAACAACAAUACCAGCCCUUGUUAGCAAAGGCUGUCUUAUUAUAUCAGAUGAGUUAAACCACACCUCAAUCAUUUAUGGUGCAAGAUUGUCCGAAGCAUCCGUCAGAACUUUCAAACAUAACAAUGUGAAUAGUUUACGAGACGUAUUGAAACAAGCCAUUUCCCAAGGUCAACCGAGAACACAUAGACCAUGGAAGAAGAUUUUAGUCAUUGUAGAGGGACUGUAUUCAAUGGAGGGAACGAUAGUCAAUUUACCAGAUAUUGUUGAAUUGAAAAAGGAAUUCAAAUUUUACUUGUACGUGGAUGAAGCUCAUUCAAUUGGUGCCAUGGGAGAAAAUGGAGGUGGUGUCUGUAACUUUUACGGCAUCGAUCCCGCCAAUGUAGAUAUUUUGAUGGGUACCUUUACAAAAUCAUUUGGAUCUGCUGGAGGGUACAUUGCUGCUGAUCAAAGUAUAAUCGAUCAUUUGAAAUUAAAAAAUCAUGCCUAUGUUUACGCAGAGCCGGUAUCUAUGCCUGUUGCCCAACAAGUCAUUACUAGUAUGAACAUGAUUAGUGGAGAUGAUGAUUCAAAUGAAGGAACAAGGAGAAUUCAACAACUCGCCAAGAAUAGUGCCUAUUUUUCUGACCAGUUACGUCGAUUGGGAUUUAUCACUUAUGGAGACCUUAGUAGUCCUGUAAUUCUCCUGCUUGUAUAUCAGCCUGCAAAAAUUCCCGCGUUUUCAAGAGAGCUUUUAAAACGGGGUAUAGCAGUUGUACUUGUAGGGUAUCCAGCGACUCCUAUCAUUAGUGCAAGGGCCAGAUUCUGUAUUUCAGCUUCUCAUACCAAACAGGAUUUAGACUAUGCUAUACAAGCUAUUAGCGAAGUUGGCGAUUUAUUAAUGCUCAAAGCAGGAAAAAAGAAACAUAUUUAA